GUCCAUAAGCAAAAAAGCACCGAACGCAUGAUGAAUCCUCUCUUUGAAUCUUCGAUUUACAUAUCUUUACGAAACAUAAACAUUAAACUUUGAAAUCCAAUCUUCAAUGUUUAUAGACUUACUACAAAAUAGAGUCACUGAGCAACAAAUUACAAAAAAUGUCUGACUUGUCAUUGAUAGAUCGCAUUUCUACUCAUCUUUGUCUUCAAGAUGUAUCUAUUGCGUUGUUAGGUUUAUUCCUUUUUGGUUGCUUGCAAGCCAAGCUAACCAACAAAGGUGGACCAGUGCAAUGGCCUGUGUUUGGGAUCACUCCCGAGUUCUUUCUUCAUGUUCACGAUGUGUUCGGAUGGGUUACACGGUGUUUGACGAAAAGUCGAGGAACGUUUCCUUACCAAGGAAUCUGGUUUAGUGGAUCUUAUGGAGCUAUGACUAGUGUUCCUGCAAACAUUGAAUACAUGCUCAAAACCAAUUUCAAGAACUUCCCUAAAGGAGAGUUUUACAAAGAGAGAUUCCGCGAUUUACUCGAAGAUGGUAUUUUCAAUGCGGAUGAUGAAUCUUGGAAAGAGCAGAGGCGGAUUAUCAUAACUGAGAUGCAUUCGACUCGCUUCGUCGAUCAUUCUUUUCAAACGACGAGAGAUUUGAUACAGAGGAAGCUCUUGAAAGUGAUGGAGAGUUUUUCCAAGUCACAAGAAGCUUUUGAUCUUCAAGAGAUUCUUUUAAGGUUAACGUUUGAUAAUAUCUGCAUCGCGGGUCUUGGAGAUGAUCCGGGGACUUUGGAUGAUGAUCUUCCCCACGUUCCAUUCGCUAAAGCGUUUGAAGAAGCAACAGAAUCUACUCUGUUUCGGUUCAUGAUUCCGCCAUUUGUGUGGAAACCGAUGAAGUUUUUUGAUAUAGGGUAUGAGAAAGGGCUGAGGGAAGCGGUUGAGACGGUUCACAAGUUUAUCGACAAGAUGGUUGUCGAGCGAAUCGCGAUGCUUAAGGAUGAAGGAACAUUAGCGAAUAGCAAAUCCGAUGUCCUCUCGAGACUAAUCCAGAUCGAAAGUCAUAAAAGAGGAGAUGAAAAUGAUAGAUUCACCAUUAAGUUUUUCAGACAGUUCUGUACAAGCUUUAUCUUAGCGGGACGAGACACGAGUUCAGUCGCGCUUACUUGGUUCUUCUGGUUGAUAACAAAACACCCUGAAGUCGAAACCAAGAUCCUCCACGAAAUCAGAGAAAUCUUGAGCCAAAGAGGACAUAACAACAAUAAUCUUGAAACUGGAGAAACAGAGAGGGGUUGUCACUUCACAGUCAAAGAACUAAACGAUAUGGUUUAUCUACAAGCAGCAUUGUCAGAAUCUCUUAGACUCUAUCCACCAAUUCCAAUGGAAAUGAAACAAGCGACCGAGGAAGAUGUGUUUCCUGAUGGAACUUUCUUGAGAAAAGGCUCACGGGUUUACUUCUCAGUCUAUGCAAUGGGAAGGAUGGAAUCAAUUUGGGGAAAAGACUGUGAAAUGUUCAAACCAGAGAGAUGGAUACGAGGAGGGCAAUACGUUAGUGAUGAUCAGUUUAAAUACGUCGUGUUCAAUGCCGGUCCAAGACUUUGUUUAGGGAAAACAUUUGCUUACUUGCAGAUGAAAAUGGUGGCUGCUUCAAUCUUGUUGAAUUACUCAAUCAUGGUUGAUCAAGAUCACGUUAUUGUUCCCCGAGUAACAACUACUUUGUAUAUGAAACAUGGUCUUAAGGUCAGGAUUAUACCGAGAUCUCUAGAGGAGAAGAAGCAAGAUUCAUAAAUAAUAUAGAAGAUAAAACAGCUAAA